CACUCAGUCUGCGUGGCCGGCCUCCCCCUGCCGCAGAGCACAGCAAGGCCAGGAAGCGUGAGUGACCCGCCCGGCGCCCCCAGCUCGCCUGGUGUCAGCCUUUGACCCGGCCCUCUGGACUCUGGCCCGGCAGGUGGUUCCCCUGUGGCCGCGUGGCCCAGCAGAAUGGCAUCCUACCAGCGUCCUUUCUUUCCAUCCAGGAUGUGAAAGGGGCAGAAAAAUAAAGACCCACCACUCCGCACGCCCCUCCCCGUCUGCUAGAAUGUUUCUCAUGAACGCCCGUCCUGUGGUCGCUCUCCAGUCCAAAUGGGAGGCCUUCAGCACACCAGGAAGCUUUAGGUUUCCUGGGUGCUUCUCAGAGCCGAAGGAGGGCGUCUCGAGGGCUUCGGUGAGUGCCCAAGUGCAGAUGGUCAUCAGCGCGCUCCAGGGCGACCAGGCUGCUCUGGGCAUGAGCGAUGAGCUUGCCGUGCACAGGAGCCAGAGAGCAGAGAAAGGCCAGGACGCCAGGCUGGCCGCCACCCCCGCGUUUACUGCCUGUGGUCUCAGCACUGAUUUUGUCCCUUCAAGGGAGGAGGAAGCCGCAGACUUUGGCCCCUUGGUGCUGGAUUCGGACAGCGACGACUCCGUGGACCGGGACAUCGAGGAAGCAAUCCAGGAGUACCUGAAGGCCAAGAGCGGGGCCGCCCAGCUGCCUGCGGCCACGGAGGGGGGCAGGCGGUCCAAACCAGAAGUUCCUCUGAGUAGCACCCUGAUUGCCCCGUGUCCCCCGAAGUUGGCACCCAGCCCAGGAGGCACCCCUGGCAGCCGCGCAGGAGCCGGCCAAGACCGGGGCUCCGCCUCCCCGGUUAGCGUUAGCAGCGACGACUCCUUUGAGCAGAGCAUCCAGGCAGAGAUAGAACAGUUUCUGAGCGAGAAAAGGCAACACGAGACCCCAAGAUGUGAGGUUUCUGUGGACGCGAAACCAGACCUCAGCAAUAAUGCGGUCAGAUCAGCAUUUAGAUCCGGCAAAGAGCCGACAGUCAAGACACAUCGGCAGGAAGUGAUGGGGGCCUGCAAGGACUUUCUCUUCCGGAAACCUCCCAGGCUAGCCAAGGUGAGCGCACGGCCCCGAGGCCUCAAGUCCAAGGCCACUGCCGAGCCAGAGAGCGCGGACCCCCGCCCUGCAGAAGCAGCCCAGAAUAAAGGCGCGGUCAGGAGGAGCGCUGGCCCUGGGCGGAGGGCCAAGCGAGCCAAGAGCGCAGCCCUGGUGUCCAAGGCGUCUGGCUCCAGCAGCGAUGAUGGCAUUGAGGAGGCCAUCCAGCUGUACCAGCUGGAGAAGAGGAAGGAGGCCGGCGGAGACCCGCCGCAGGGAACGCUGGGUGGGGAGGGGAAGGAGCCCGACCCUCCCACGCGCAGCACAGGCCAUGCCACAAAAGGUGCCUUGCCUGAAACCCGCAGGAAAACACCAAGCAGGAAGAAGCCCACGGCCCCAAAGGCCGUGGACCUCAGCCCAGGUGGCCCUGACCCUGCCCUCCCCUCCAAGCCACCCAGAGAUCCCAGAGCUGCUGAAAACGAGCUUGCGGAAUGGCCGCCAUGCCGGGCAGACACGUCCGCUGAGCUGAUGUGUGCCGAAGCAAUUUUGGAUAUUUCCAAAACCAUCCUGCCAGUCCCUGCAGUGGGCAGUGAGAGACCCCUGCCCGCCAGCCCACUCUCCUGCUCCCUGACCGUGCCCUCCCGCUGUGAUGGGGACAGCAGCUCCGUGGACAGCAAUGACAGCAUAGAGCAGGAAAUCCGGACGUUCCUGGCUCUGAAGGCACAGUCAGGAGCUUGGCUGGCCCGAGCGGAGAGCUGCCCGCAGACCACUCUGAGCCCAGCACCGCCACCUGGCCCUAGGGUCCCCAGCUCUAAAACGCUGGGCCUGUCGCUGAGCUGCAAAAGGAAACGCAGAGGAGGCAGCCACACUGGGCCACUGUCCACACCCAAGAAAGUGAGAGAGAUGGCACAGGAGGGCGCCCAGGAUCCUGACCACAGCCCAGCGAGCGCACAGCCUGGCCAGGCCCCCAGCGCAGAAGGCCAGACCAAGGGCCAGCCCAUCCCCUGCAGGCCACGUGAGGCGGGCGACCAGCACGGUGGCCCCGGGGGCAGCGUGUGGCCCGGCCAUGGGAACACGGCCCCAGCACCGAGCGCUGGUGAGCGGGGCAGCUCUGAGGACAAGAGCAGCUCCCUGGACAGUGACGAGGACCUGGACUCCGCCAUCAAGGACCUCCUGCGGUCCAGGCGGAGGCUCAAGAAGAGGUGGAGGGACCCCAGGGCCGCGCGCAAGAGGAAGGUCAGGUUCAGCACCACCGAGCCCCAGUUCUUGCAUAAACUCGGUGGCUUGCGGAGAGACUGGACGGACAGAAGCCCCCAUCUGUUGAAAAGCUGCCUCUCGAAGCCCAAAAAAGACAGCAGGGAGAACCUGGGGAAAAAGGCUCUGAGCAUCUCCUGCAGAGACCCAGAGAGAACCGGAGCGGACGGCGCGGGCCCCGGCGAUGUGCCCCCGGCCCUCCCGCUCCGGAGAAGAGCGUCUGAAGGGAAUCUGUUCUUCCCUGAAGCCGCCACCUGUGAACUUCAAGGUGCAGCCCCCGGCCCUCAGCCUCCGCCCGAGGACAGCAGCUCUGUGGACAGUGAUGACAGCAUCGAGCUGGAGAUCAGGAAGUUCUUGGCCGAAAAGGCCAAGGAGUCCGGGAGCGGCUCGGAAGCCCCAGGAGGGGCCCCAGCCGCCCCAGGGAUGGGGAGUGUGCCUAGGCCAGAGCUGCCAUGCCGGAAGGGGCCAGUGCCCGCCCUGGCCCCUCAUCCCGGUGUGUGCACGCGGAGCCAGCGGGGCAGGGGCGGUCCUCAACAGGCCGGAGGCCCGGGGGGUGCGGGGAGAGCCUUCCUUCCAGGCGGGAGGAGCGGCCCCCGAACAGAGCAGGCCUGCCUCCCCAGAGCCGUGGCCAGGCACACCAGCAUGGCGGGGGCCCUGUCUGCCAAAGGGUCGGCUGCUGGUCGGCGACUGGUUUGCACCCACAAAGAUCAGAGCCCGAGAGGGACCGAGCGUGCCAGGGAACGUGCUCUUGGCUCGCUGCCUGCUCGAGCUGAAGUGGGCAUCCGGGCAGAAAGCCCCGGUAUGGCCUUUGCUGUGACGACCCAGGGCCAGAGCCCACGGACUCAGAAGCCGGGAGCAGAUGGGCUAGGGAGCCCACAGGCCAGCCUCGCCCUCCCGUGGGCCAACUUCGCCCACCAGAGUCGGCUGCAGAGCACGUGGGCGCUGAGCCCAGAAGGCAGAGAGGCUGUGUGGAGAGGGGGCCUCAGCGGCCAGAGAGAGCAGGGGCGGGAGGGCCAGGACCCCAAGAAAGGCCUGCCCUUCACGGGCUUCUCCUCGCUGCUGUCCACACAGCUGUUCCACUUUGGAAAGAGCGUCUCCUGGGGCGGCAAGCAGGCCGGCGUCUUCAGCCCGCCCCUGAGUCUGCCCCUGCAGGGCCCGGCCUUCUCAGCCUUCAGAGAGACCCCAGCCGGCCACAGCCCCGUGUUUGGAAGCGCGCCCCUGCUCACGAAGAAAGAUGGGGGACACUGGCCCGGCCGGAAGUCCCAGGCGGCGUGCGCUCUGCACGCCAGGAGGAACUCGGGCUCCGAGGAGGACGUUCUAGACCUGCGGUACAGGCGGGGGGCCACUGGUGGAGGCAGUGAGGCCCAGGAGGCCUUGGGGAGUGACUCCAGCGAGCUCAGUGACACCUCCAUGGAGGAGGGUGGCGGCUCGGGGGCCAAGGGCAAAGCCCUCCAGCCAUGAGGCUGCUCACGGGCUCCGUCUUCCUGGGAAGCAGACCCGCU